AUGCCGGGCAGCAGCGCUACGCUCGUCCCCGAGACCGGGGUGCAGCGCGACUGGGAGGAGCGAGAGUUUGCGCAGUCCAUCCAGCUUGGCAUCAAGUCGCUCGCGCAGUUCCUGAACGAGUUUGAGAACACGACGCGUACCAAGCUCGCCAGUCUAAACAGCAAAAUUGCGAGGCUCGAGCGGCGAAUGACACUAGUGGAGGCGACGUUCGACUCGGUCAACCAGCCUCCCGCGGCCACGAGCUGA